UCAUAAAUAAGUAACAAUGUGGAAUAGUGGUUUCUCCUUUUUAUCUUCACACAUGUCUCCAAAAACCAAUUUAUUUUCUCUUUUUUUUUUCAAAGAUUCCCAAAACCAAAUGACAAACCAUCUUUCCUAACUUAGUACUAGACACCCCCCCCCCAUAUGCCUUCAUAUAUGUGGUGUCUCUUUAUAUGCCUAACCUUAUAUUCAUCCACAAAAACACACAAUAAGAACAACAAGAAGAGGUGAGUUAUGCCGAUCCGAUCUAACCCCUAUUUCAAUAUGGAUAGCUCCGCUGUGCUCUCACUCUUGCGGCACACGGGACAUUCAGUGGACUCUAAACAUUCGAAGAAAUCUUCUGGAAGCAUCGGUGGUGGGGUUCUCAAAAUGUUCAAGCUCAUACCAAUGCUAUCAUCUGGUUGCAAGAUGGUUAACUUGUUAAGCCGAGGGCAUCGAAGACCCUUACUUAAAGACUAUGCAACAACGGGAACCAUAUUCGGGUUCCGCAAAGGAAGAGUCUUUCUUGCAAUACAAGAAGAUCCUCAUUGCCUACCAAUGUUCAUCAUUGAACUCCCGAUGCUGACUUCAGCUCUGCAGAAGGAAAUGGCCUCGGAGACUGUGAGGAUAGCGUUAGAAAGCGAGACGAAGACAUCGAGGAAGAAGGUGUUGGAGGAGUACGUGUGGGGGAUUUACUGUAAUGGCCGAAAGAUCGGGUAUUCGAUUAGGAGAAAGAACAUGAGUGAGGAAGAAACGUAUGUGAUUGAUGCAUUGAGAGGUGUUUCUAUGGGAGCUGGAGUGUUACCAUGCAAGAACCAAUAUGAUCAAGAGAAAGAAGGAGAAAUGACUUAUAUGAGAGCUCGAUUCGAUAGAGUGAUUGGUUCUAAAGACUCUGAAGCAUUGUAUAUGAUCAACCCUGAAGGUAGUGGUCAGGGCACAGAGCUUAGUAUCUACUUUCUCAGGUCUCAUUAACUGUUUGUUACACUUUUCUUUUUGACGUCCUUUUUACUAUGUUUUUAAAUAUAGUUACAAAUGGUGAUUAAAAUAUUUUGUCUGUAAUAUCUCUACGAAAUUAGUUGAUGAUUUUUCUAAAUGGGGAACUUUUCCAUUGAGCAA